UUUUGAGAUACACUCGCAUGUUUUUGUCUGUCUAUAAGCAUCGAUGGAUAGGAAAACUAUCGUUCGCGCGCAAUUGACGACUUUUUUCUGAGGAGGCGAAUUGAAGCCCGCGACACUGGAGACGCCGACUUGACCACAACAUCUCGAGACGACUUCUUAUCUGGAAAGAUUCGAAAAAUGCAAGAUGAAAAUAUCAACACGUCGAAAAAUGUUCGAUCUUUGGACGAGGAAUCACUUCAGGGAGUAGAAUCACAAACAUUGGAUACAUCCUCCCAAUCCCACCAAACCACUUCCGAGAAACGAUCGAAUCCGGAUCCAUCAACUCAGGACGACUUGGAUUCUUCAUCCAGCGAUGACGACCUCACAAAAUACCCCGAAGGCGGCGCACAAGCUUGGCUAGUAGUUCUCGGCUCCUGGUGCGCCAUGACCGCCGGCAUGGGCAUUCUAAAUACCCUCGGCACCCUCCACGCUUGGAUAUCAACGCAUCAAUUACAAUCUUAUUCAUCCUCGAGUGUUGGUUGGAUCUUCUCUACAUUUCCGUUCUUUUUAUACUUCGCUGGCGUCCAGAUAGGUCCGCUGUUCGAUGUUUAUGGUGCAAAGGUCUUGGUUUGCACGGGGAGCUUGGGCCUUGUGGUUAGUCUUAUGACAUUGUCUGUUAGCACGGAGUAUUAUCAGUUGAUUCUGAGUUUUGGAGUACUGGGAGGAUUGAGUACGUGUUGUUUAUUCACCACCGCUGUUUCCUGCGUGGGGCAUUGGUUCAACAAGCGCAGAGGUUUUGCUAUGGGUAUUGCAUGUACAGCCGGCGGCACCGGUGGUCUUGCAUUCUCACUCAUUAUUCUCUUCCUCGCUCCUAAAAUUGGGUUCGGCUGGGCAAUCCGCAUCAUCGGGUUCAUUUGCGCCGCACUUUGUGUGGUGGCUUGUUUGCUUCUGCGCGGACGACUUCCCCCCAACAAGACCAAAGGGGCAAAAAUCGAUAUCCUGGCGCUCAGGGAUCCGAAGUACGCCGCCACAACUGCUGCUAUCUUUUUGGUAGAGUUCGCAGUGUUUAUCCCGUAUACUUUCUUGGUGGAUCAGGCGUUGCAUGCUGGGAUGGGAAGGGAGCUGGCUUAUGCACUUAUCCCUAUCCUCAACGCUGCUGCUAUUCCUGGACGACUGCUUCCUGGAUACAUUGCUGAUAAGUAUGGUCGGCUUAACACAAUGACUGUUACAGCAAUCAUCUGCACGCUCCUCACUUUUCUCCUGUGGCUGAUCGGCUCAUCCUCUCACGCCUGUAUAAUCGCUUAUACAGUACUCUUCGGCUUCUGGUCUGGCGCUGCUAUUUCUCUGACUCCGGUGUGCAUCCAACAAGUCUGCAAGACUGAGGACAUUGGCAAAAGGACAGGGACCACAUUUACGAUUAGUAGUUUUGGAACACUGAUGGGUAUUCCCAUUGCUGGGGCUAUUCUUGGGAGUGGACAGGAUUAUGAUGGGUUGAUCAUCUUUGCUGGGGGGUUGUAUGUUGCUGCUAGUGUUGCUUUUGUGGUUGCUAGAGGGUUGACCGGGGGUUGGAGUUUGAGAGUCAUCAUCUAGAAUGGCGUUUUUUUUUAAAAAAAAGAAUUGAGAAAAGUGUUUCUUCGGACGUUUGCUUGGUUGGUC